AUGAGAAUUUGGACACAGGUUACAAAUGAAGAUGGAGAACAACGAUGGAAAAGGGUUGAAGUGAGGCUGGAAGACCACGUAACUGUUCCUGUUUUUGCCGCCGGAAUGUCACCAGAAUUUUACGACAAAUGCCUUGAUGAUUAUCUAUCGAAGAUUGCAACGGAACAUUUACCACAAAGCAGACCGAUAGUUGAUAAUCCUUCUCUUCCCUUGACAUUUCCUUCUAUUCAAUCGCACACCAAUAAGGAUGGCAAAAACUUCAGCAUGUGCAGGACUGUGCAUAAAUUUUUCUCUACAGUUUACAACACCGCAUCAGAUUUUUCUUCGAGCAUUAUAAAGAGUUGUUUGAUUGAGGAUGACAAAACACCAAUCCGAUCUGGGCAACAUGGAGUGGAGUUUCUGCCUGCUGGCAUAGAAACAAUGACUUUCUCUCUCGAUCAUAUUAAGCAGAUCAAGAGCAAGCUUGGAGUGACACUAAAUGAUGUGAUUAGCGGGACAAUAUUCCUGGGGACAAGAUUAUACAUGGAAACAUUGAGCCCAGGAUCAAUCAAUGCAAACUCUACAUCAUUGGUGUUGCUAAACACGAGGAUGUUUGUAGGCAGCUACAAGUCAAUCGAAGAAAUGGUGGAACCCAAUGCUGACUCGCCAUGGGGCAACCAUUUUGCGUUCUUGAAUAUACCUGUUCCCAAGUUAAGGGAUGCAGCUGGGGCUGAAAACCCUCUCCAGUUUGUAUUCAAAGCAAGACAAAUCAUAAGGAGGAAGAGGAUGAGCUCUUUUGCUGUUUACCUCACCGCAAAGUACCUUCAACUUGUUAGCAAGUUUAGAGGUGCGCGCGAAGGUAUGGUUUUUUAA